CCACCACCACCACCACCACCACCACUACCACUACUACUACUACUACUACUUACUACUACUACUACUACCGCCGAGUGCGCACGCUUUAAAUUCAUGUGCCUUGGUAUUAAGCCAACUAAGUAAUUGCUGCUAGUUGUCAUAGUGCUACUGCUACUAUCACGAAUAAAACUGUUAUUCUGGAAGAUUGUCUCAGCAAUCUCAAACGAGGAAUCUCACGUCCACUUCCGGUAUUUUGUGGUCAGCUCUUUCCUUUACAGCCAGUUUUAGUAUUUUCGAGGUUCUGAAGUAAAAUAUAUAUUGAGAAACAGGCAUCCAAAGGGAUAAUUAGGAAUAUGUAAUUCUUUGGGAAACAGUGAACUUUAUUGUGUAAAUUUUCGAGACUGGUUCCCCAGUUCGUCUUCAGACAACGGACGUGCAAAAACAAUUAACUUCUAGACCGAGUCUAACAAAGGAUUCUAUGAUUGGUUAAAGUCAUCUUCUCGGGAUUGGUUGGGUCACUUUGAAUCUAUCCUUAACGAUUUUGUAUGUGGCAUCUAGAUCGAUAUGCCGGUUGAUGCAUGCCUCAUUUUAGUGCAUUGCCUCCAGGAAUUCGCGGCCUCAUAUAUAUAUAUAUAUAUAUAUAUAUAUAUAAUGGUAGAAGGGCGCUCACGGAUCGUUUUUAAGGAACUCACUCGUUCCGUUUUGCCCUAGGGCUCUCUCUCGUCGCAUGAUAUAGGCAGUAUGUUAUUACCGACAAAGACAGGGAGAGUGGAAUAGCCAUUUCUGGCUUAUUAGCCAUCCUCAGUCAGUCAUACCCAACUCCGAAGUGUGGAACACCUGGGGCUCGAUCCCGUGACCUGUUGGUUAGAAGUCCAACGCCUCUAACCAUUGAGCCACAUUAGACUGGAAAAGCCAGUUCUGGCUUAUUACCCGUCGCCAGCCAAUAUUACCCAAAGCAGGUUUGUGGAUCAGGUCUCCCUUUUUGCCCUCAUGUCCUCCUCGAUUAAAGAAGAAAGCUUCAAACUCGUAAUUAUUAAAAAAUGGAAUCGUUACCCAAAUGCUUACACUGCUUUGCCAGUCCGUCUUUGCAGCUAAGGAACCGCACACUUUGCGUAAAGCAAAGCAAAUACCUUUUCCUCACGUUGGUUUUUAUGAUAUCGCUACUUUAUUCAGCCGGUCGGUAUCACAUUAUGAGGGUAUAAGCCAUUCUCCCCGCGCACAAUCAGUAAAUGUCAAAAAGCAUGCGCCAACCCCGCCACCACUCUAGUGGACACUGUUCGGCCCGAAAAGAAACCCUACUGUAAAUAACAAGUAGCGGCUUUGUUUAAGGCAGUAUUCCUUUUCGACUUCCAGUGCCACAACCAGACUAUUGGCUUCCGAGUUUCAAGUCUGCAGGGUGAACUCGCAUCUGACGUGGUCUGCGCGCUGUGGCCCCUGCGACCAGAGAGCUCCCCUCAAAAAAACCGCCACCACCAUCACCAUCAACACGCCUUCUUCAAUCCAUUCCGGACUUUCAAUCUCAAGGGCUGGAAGCUUGACGGCUGCCUUGAACGGCUAAAUCUGUUCUUCCUGUCCAGCCGAGGACGUAAGUAUUCACCCUCCGCUCCCCCCCCCAUGACUGGUUUUCUGCUAGCUGUAUGAUUUCUACGUCUCACCCCCUUCCCCUCCCGCUACGCAGCGCAUAUUCGACUCGGCGUGGAAGCAAUCCAAUGUCUAGCCUCCCCCGUUCCCCGCUGCUCCCCGUCGCGAUCAGCUACUCGGGAGUCGGUUGUCCCGUCCAGCACCGAGAACCGACUCGCUUACCUGGAACUAUCUCUGUCUAGAAGCUGCUGUGACUACUUAGGACAGCCGACUGAUAGUGAAGUACGCCUUACGCCACCGUCUUCGCCAGCAUCACGGACUGAAACAACACAGGGUCAUUUUUGCUUUUGCAUCCUACCGGUCUUCCAAAUUUCGUGUUUCGGGCCGGAAAAGGUACGUGUGUGCCCGCGCACGUUCUUGAUUAAUAUUCAUUUGGGCCUAUCUGCCCACACUCUCAUCAGAUCUGCUGUCGUUUUACACCCCCCCCCCGCCCCGGCCCAAAUUAGCUGAUGGAGGUGACUCUCUCGGAGGCUGUUGAACUUCGCUGGAAUCCAGAGCUUCACCUUUGCCUAAAGGAGUUCUCCCUGCUGACGUCUGCCCUCUCGACGCUGGUUCCCAAGCGGGCGCCCGCGACACCUAUCAGAGGAGUGAGUUUUUGCUUCGUUUAA